GACGGAAUAUGACCGCCCCCCUUUCCCCCGAUCUGCGAAUAUGCGGGACCCAGUCAAAGACUUGAAGCGACCAGUGGAAGCACUUAUGCAACAGAAGCCGGGGGGUGGGACAUGAAUGGUCCUGGGAAGACUCCCAAGUGGGAAUGCCUUCGGGGCUGGUCGGAAAGUGUGGGCCCUAGCAAGUCUCGAGCGAAGUGACGUACACUCAAUGGCGAUCCGGGCGCAACCAGGAUACGGUAGAUGAAGUCUCCAUAGACAAACCUGUAUUCCGUUAGUCUUAUAUUCAUAGGUCAUUUGGAUUUGAAAGGAGAUCUCAGAAUCAAGCUCAAAUUAACCUUGUUCACACAAAGGACAAGGGAAAACGCGGGUUUCGUGAGUCCCGAGAAGACGGAAUAGAAGAAGUGUGGUCGGGGCACGCGAGGGCCUGUGACCGAAACCGUGACCCUCGGGAAGCUUUCUGCGCUUUUUUCACAUUCACUUUUCUCCUUUGCUUUCGCCUUCGCCUCCACUCCCCAAACCUCCUCCUUCCCCUCUCCCCUUUCAAUACUCAUUUUUGUUCCUUUCUCUUGCGCUCUGUUUACUGGACUUGGUUUACUUGCUUGCCCCUUUCUCAAUGCGCGGGCAUGGCGUUCAACUUCAACUGGUCGCCGUUGAUGGCGGACGCGGGCUUUUACACUCGCGCCCAAGAUCUGCUGACUGCCGCGCUCAAUAAAUCCCCCAAACCGCCCAUCAUCGUCGAUGAUAUUAUCGUGACCGAGCUCAACCUGGGCUCUAUGCCCCCGAACUUGGAGAUACUGGAAAUCGGUGACUUGGCCGAGGAUCGCUUUCGCGGCAUUUUUAAGAUGUCCUAUUCCGGCGACGCUUUCUUGACCCUCAAGACCCGCGUUCAAGCCAACCCACUCAAUACAUAUCUCCUCACAAGGCCUGCGUUUGCAUCGCCGAAGCCUCUAGCUGCUGCAACUCCACUCACCAUCCCUCUCCAAAUUACUCUCUCCGACUUUAAGCUCUCCGGCUUUGUGAUCCUCGUCUUCUCCAAACAAAAGGGUAUCACUGUGGUCUUCCGCAAUGAUCCCCUCGAAUCCCUCAAGGUCUCGUCGACGUUCGAUUCAAUCCCGUUCGUGCGCGACUUCCUACAGAAAGAAAUCGAAGCUCAGCUCCGCAUCUUGUUCAUGGAUGAGCUACCCGCCAUCAUUCACCGAUUGUCGCUUCGCUUAUGGGUUCCCGAAUAUCGCGCCGGAGAGGAUGUCAAGGCUCAGGACGACAAUACCGAGUCCACAAGUGAUGGCCCCGGCCAAGAUCCAUUGGCAAGCCCCCCGCAAGACCCGGUCGAUGCGAUGGGCAAUGUCUUGAAUGAAUCUGAGAUCGCAUCCCUCUCCCUGGACUCCUCCGUCGAGACCCAUUCGCUGUUCUCGCAGAAGAACCUCCUCCGUCUCGCCGCCCUGACUGACUCCCAGCGAACGCUGUCUCUCUUCACCCCCUCCAUCCAAGAAGUCGUGUAUCGCGCAUGGACAUCGCCUGUCGACCCCAGCGAAGCCGCCGCCAGUAUCGUUUCCCCUCUCAGCCCGACGCUUUCCCGAACGCAUUCGCAAAUCGGCAGUAUGGCCUCUUCGAUUCACGAGACCGCUAGCGUCACCUCUUCGUACAGCCGCCCGUCUUUGGCAUCCGCGCACUCAUUCAGCAGCUAUGGGUUGAAUCUGGGAACCGGGCGCCAUUCCAAGGCUCACUCCCGCAGACGAAAGAAGCGUGUCGUGGACCUGCGUCGACCCAAGACGACCGAUGACGCCAUGAGCGUGAGCGACGACAGUGCCUUGACAGAAUCUUCGAGCCCUCCAUCCAUCUACUCUGCACCCUUACCGGCCCUGAACGAACAAUCCGACGACCCCGUAACUCCUCCUUUGUCCCCCGAUACCGACUCGCACCUCCCGAUGAUUCCGGAGCGAUAUCGGACUAGUCUUUCUCGACCGACCCUUCGGCGCACUACUUUGACUCGCGACCACAACGAUCCAUCCUACUCGAUUGAGACCAUUCGUCCUUCUAAAGUCGAGGAUGUGGAGGCAACCCCUCGUGCCACUGUCCUUGGAGGCUAUCAAAACGAAAAGGCCGAGGCGGGUCCCUCCUCGGGCACCGCCCGGCCAUCAUUGCCUGCUACCAUUCUUCCGUUCACCCAGGAAGGCAACUCAACCAAUGACUCUGUCGAUCCUUUUCUGGUCGAACGACUAGCUGGCGAGAUUGCUCGUCGCAUUCGUGAUGAGAAACUCAUGGCGAACAACGCCUGCAGCAACUUCUGGUCUCGUGCCCAGGACGAUGCUCCUCCCCCGGCCUAUGGCCACUAAAUUAGAUGCGCCACGCAUUGCCACGCUCCUUACCUUUUUUUUGGUUCCCUCUCUUCUCCUUCUCGAGCAAGACUUGACCUUCUAAUGACCGCUACGACUUUUAUUUGUUAAUCAGUUUUCUUUUCAUUUUCUUCUUCUUGCGUUGCUUGGGAGCGGGAUUGUACAAAAAUUUGGAUCUUGCGAAACUUUUGGCGUCGAUUCUCUUUUUUCUCCUUUUUUGAUGCUUUUUCGCGGGAUACCACCAGUACUUUUGUACAAUCGUUGGAUUCGGGAUACAGGUUGGGCUAUACAGGUAUUGGAAUGGAACAUGGGAACUUGCACUUCUAUCACAUCCACAGUAUCAUUCUUUCAAGUUACUUCGUAACGUUUGAGUAAUGACUGACAGCU